UCCAGUCCAGGCGAAACGAAAAAUCUCUCUUUUCAGAAUAGGGAUUCGCUCUCUCCAAAUCUCGUUCCGACUCUGCUUCAGUUUCGUGCCCCUCGCGACCGCGCCGGAACCGCCGUCGCCCGGCGAUCGAUUCGCCUCCGCCUCCGCCUCCGCGCUUCGGCGUUUUUCAUGCGCGGCAGCAGCUCGGAUAAGUGAUGGAGGAUGUAAAACAUAAAUCUCGGAAGGAGGCAGAAUCAAAGAAAGCUCAUCGAGAUCAUGAUCGGGAAAGAGAAAGGGAGAGGAAUGGGGAGAGACAUCGAGAUAAGGAGAGGGAAAAGAAAGAGCGCGACAGUCGACAUUCUGAAAGGGAGAAGAGUAGUGAUUCUGAUGAGAGGUAUGAGAGAGAAAGGGAGCGAGAGAAGGAUAAGUAUAGAGAAAGGGAAAAGGAUAGAGUAAGAAGUCGUGACCGUGAGAAGGAGAAAUCUAGAGAAAAGAAGAGGGAUAAGGAGAGGGAAAGGGAUAGAGAAAAAGAGGAUAGAGAGAAGGAGAGGGAGAAGGAGAAGAGAGAGAGGGCAAGGGAGAAGGAGAGGGAGAGGGAGAAAGAAAAGGAGAAGAGGGAACGUGAGAGGGAAGAUAGGGAGAGAAGUAGAGAAAGAGAGAAGAGGGAACGUGAUAGGGAGAAGGAAAAGGAGAGGGAGAGAGAGAAGGAGAAGGAGAAGGAGAGGGAGAGGGAGAGGGAGAGGGAGAGAAGGAUACGAGAAAAGGAAAAGCGUCGGGAAGUUGAUAGUGAUUAUAGUGAAGAUGAUUCCCAGGAGCAUGGCAAGAAGCGUCGAAGGAGAGACGAUGAUGAAAAUUAUGAAGAAAGAGAUCGUGAAAAGGGUAGGAGCAGGGGAAGCAAGCGCCGUGAGAACAAUGAAGAUAGCCCGAGGAGGAGGACUGACGAGGAGGAUUCAGAGAACAAGGACGAUAAGCCCACUCGAGAAGAGGAAUUAGAGGAUGAACAAAAGAAAUUGGAUGAGGAGAUGGAAAAGAGGAGGAGAAGAGUUCAAGAGUGGCAAGAGCUGAGGAGAAAGAAGGAAGAGAUGGAGAGGGAAAAGCACGGUGAAGUGAAUGUGGAAGAAGGAAAGUCUGGGAAGGCCUGGACUCUUGAAGGAGAAUCUGAUGAUGAGGAGGCUGCUCCCACGGUGAAACCAGAUAUGGAUGUGGAUGAAGAUGAAGUUGCUGAUAAUAAAACUGGGGAUGCCAUGGUGGUGGAUUCUGAGAAUGGAGAAACUGCUCCAGCUUUAGAAGAAAUGGAAAAUGGUUCUGGUGGAGAUGAGGAAAUUGAUCCAUUGGAUGCCUUCAUGAAUGAUUUGGUGUUACCUGAAGUGGAGAAGCUGAAUAAUGCUGUGCCUACUGCAACUGCUCCCGAUGAUAAUUCAGAAAUGAAGAGAAAAGAUAAGAAAAUUAAUAUGAGUAAUGGAAAACAGGCGAGGAAUGGUCCAAGUAAGUCUAUGGGAAGAAUUAUCCAGGGGGAGGAUUCGGAAUCUGACUAUGGAGAUCUUGAGAAUGAUGGAGAUCGUACAGAAGAUGAAGAUGAUGAUGAGUUCAUGAAAAGGGUCAAGAAGACAAAAGCUGAAAAGCUGUCCUUAGUUGACCAUUCUAAGAUUGAUUAUGAACCAUUUCGCAAGAAUUUUUAUAUUGAAGUAAAGGAGAUUUCGAGGAUGAGUGCUGAAGAGGUAGCUGCAUACAGGAAAGAGCUGGAAUUGAAGCUCCAUGGAAAAGAUGUGCCAAGACCAAUUAAAACAUGGCACCAGACAGGACUUACAAGUAAAAUUCUGGAGACUAUAAAAAAGCUUAAUUAUGAUAAGCCAAUGCCUAUUCAAGCUCAGGCUCUCCCGAUAAUCAUGAGCGGUCGAGACUGCAUAGGUAUUGCAAAAACCGGUUCUGGCAAAACCCUUGCAUUUGUGCUGCCAAUGUUGAGGCACAUCAAGGACCAGCCACCUGUUGUAGCCGGAGAUGGGCCGAUCGGUCUGGUGAUGGCACCUACGAGAGAGCUUGUCCAGCAGAUACACAGUGAUAUAAAGAAGUUUGCCAAAGGAAUUGGUGUCAGAUGUGUGCCUGUUUAUGGAGGUUCUGGUGUUGCCCAGCAAAUUAGUGAGUUAAAGCGGGGUACUGAGAUUGUUGUCUGUACUCCGGGUAGGAUGAUUGACAUUCUUUGCACUAGUGGAGGGAAGAUAACAAAUCUGCGUAGGGUCACGUACUUGGUCAUGGAUGAAGCGGAUAGAAUGUUUGACAUGGGUUUUGAACCUCAGAUCACUAGAAUUGUCCAAAAUAUCCGUCCAGAACGUCAAACUGUUCUAUUUUCUGCCACUUUUCCUCGUCAGGUUGAGAUUCUGGCCCGUAAGGUCUUGAACAAACCUAUAGAAAUUCAGGUCGGUGGCAGGAGUGUUGUGAACAAGGAUAUUGCCCAGUUAGUCGAGGUGAGACCGGAAAGUGAAAGGUUCCUGAGACUGUUAGAAUUGCUUGGUGAAUGGUAUGAGAAGGGGAAGAUCUUGAUAUUUGUUCAUACUCAGGCAAAAUGCGAUGAUUUGUUUAGAGAUAUGCUGAGACAUGGGUAUCCGUGUCUCUCACUUCAUGGGGCCAAAGAUCAAACAGACAGGGAGUCCACGAUAAAUGAUUUUAAGAGCAAUGUGUGCAAUUUACUGAUUGCUACUAGCAUUGCUGCCAGGGGACUCGAUGUGAAGGAGCUUGAACUGGUGAUUAACUUUGAUGUUCCUAAUCAUUAUGAAGAUUAUGUCCACCGAGUUGGUCGGACAGGUCGAGCUGGUCGUAAAGGCUGUGCUAUAACAUUCAUAUCAGAGGAUGAAGCUAGAUAUGCACCAGAUCUUGUCAAGGCCUUGGAACUUUCUGAACAAGUAGUUCCUGAUGAUCUAAAAGCCCUUGCUGAUGCUUUCAUGGCUAAAGUGAAUCAGGGACUUGAGCAAGCUCACGGAACUGGUUAUGGAGGAAGUGGUUUUAAGUUCAAUGAAGAGGAGGAUGAAGUUAGGCGAGCGGCCAAAAAGGCACAGGCCAAAGAAUAUGGCUUUGAUGAAGACAAGUCUGAUUCAGAUGAUGAGGAUGAGGGGGUCCGGAAGGCAGGUGGUGACAUCUCACAGCAGGCUGCCCUUCAAUUAGCUGCCCUUGCUGCAGCUUCCAGAGUCAGCACAGCUUCAAAUGUGACUCCUAGCACAGUUGGUCAGAUGCCAAAUGUACUUCCUUCUGCCCUUCCUGGUGUUCUUGGUUCCACAACUUCUGCGGUUCUACCGGGGACUCUGCCUGGUUUGCCCACUGAUGGGGCUGCCCGUGCAGCAGCUAUAGCAGCUGCCAUCAAUCUACAGCAUAAUCUUGCAAAGAUUCAAGCUGAUGCCAUGCCCGAGCACUAUGAGGCUGAGUUGGAGAUAAAUGAUUUUCCUCAGAAUGCUCGGUGGAAAGUUACCCACAAGGAAACUUUGGGCCCUAUUUCAGAAUGGACUGGUGCAGCCAUUACCACCAGGGGUCAGUUUUUCCCUCCUGGCAAAAUACCAGCUCACGGAGAGCGGAAGCUCUACUUGUUUAUUGAAGGUCCUACCGAACAAUCUGUCAAGAGAGCUAAAGCAGAAUUGAAACGUGUUUUGGAGGAUGUCACAAAUGCAGCACUAUCACUUCCUGGUGGAGCCCCACAAGGCAGAUAUUCAGUUAUUUAAGUAUUUGAGGACGGUGGUUGCCUGCUCAAAGGUGUUGUGCAUCUCAAAUUAUGAAGAUUUGAAUGUGCAUGCCAGCCACUCUACCGGUACUAGCGAGGAGAAUGGGCAUAUGAGUGUUAUUUGUUUGAGGGUUGCGCUUCUUGAAUGAGUAGGGAUGGUGUUUCUUCGUAACCAUUGGUUCAUACUUUUUCUAAAGGAAAAGAUCUGUCGGUUCUGUGCCCGGAUGUGUCCCUCUCCUUUUUAUGGUGCAGGAAUGCUGGAGGUGACUAUGAAGAAUUCUUCUGCUGUCGCCACUUCUCAUUUUGUACUGGCAUCAUGAUUUUUCACAUCCUUCCUUGCUCUUUUGAGCUGGAGGAGAUUAUGACUGUACAGAGGUCGCCCAUUGUAUGAAUUCUCCUUUUUGACAUUUCCGUGUGAAUCAUUAGAACUGUAGCAUACUCAAGCUGAGAUCGAGCAAUAGCAAGAUACAUUAUGAAUUACAGUUUACGCA